AUGAUUCUCUCGCAGGCUCAGUCUGGCGCCUAUGCCAGCAACUCUGAUGAGGAAAAUCCUGCAGAUGACUUCCUACAAGUGGAAUUAGAACUGAAUCUGAAGCUGGGCAAUCUAGUAUUUCAGGAUCCAGUAAAGUAUGUGUAUAAUCCCUUGCUCUAUGCCUGGGACCCACAUGAGAGGUUUGUGCGGACCUAUUGCCAAUCAAAAAAGGAAGUGCUUUUUUUAGGAAUGAAUCCGGGACCGUACGGCAUGGCUCAGACAGGGGUUCCUUUUGGGGAAGUUAAACACGUGCGUGACUGGCUUCAAAUUGAGGGCCACGUUUAUAAGCCUGAAAUUGAGCAUCCAAAAAGGCCCAUUCGUGGAUUUGAAUGCCCCCAUAGUGAAGUCAGUGGUGCUCGAUUUUGGGGUCUUUUCAAAUCCCUUUGUGGGCAGCCUGAACACUUUUUCCAGCAUUGCUUUGUCCACAACCAUUGCCCUCUCAUAUUCAUGAACCAGGCGGGAAAAAACCUGACCCCAAUGGAUCUUCCUAAAGCUCAGAGAGAUGUACUUCUGGAUAUCUGUGAUGAAGCCUUAUGUCAAGUUGUCAAGGCACUUGGGGUUAAGUUGGUGGUUGGAGUGGGCAAGUUUUCUGAGCAGCGUGCUAGGAAGGCGCUGGCUGGAGAGGGAUCAGAUGUUACAGUGACGGGUAUAAUGCACCCAUCUCCCAGGAACCCUCAGGCCAAUAAAGGUUGGGACAGCUUGGUAAGGACACAGCUCCAGGACCUGGGAGUUUUGUCACUGUUUGUCUGA